AACGGUCGUGGAUAUAGUUUUUUUUUAAUUUACCACCAUAAUUCUGUUCACGGUAUCAAAACAACAGUGUGAAUGUAGUUCCAGUGCGGUGACAAAUAUUAAUGUCAUCUAAAUGACAGCUCUUACAAAUACGAAUUUGAAAUAAUGGUGGUGCAGAGAAACUUCAUUACCGUUCUAUCAUUAAUGAUACUGGCAACAACAAUAAGAAAAGCUAAAGGAAGUCCUGCUAUUGCGACCGGUUACGACCCAAUGGACAUCUGCAUAGAAAAUUGUGCCCAAUGCAAAAAGAUGCUCGGCAGCUGGUUCGAGGGUCAGCUAUGCGCGGAAUCUUGCAUCAAAUAUAAAGGGAAAUUGAUCGUUGAAUGUGAAGAUUUCGCGUCGAUCUCACCUUUUCUUAACAAAGUUGCACGGUUACCUGGUAAAAGAGGUUAGAUUACGCUAAUUAUUUUGUUGUACUUUACACUCAGGGUUGUCUUAUAUUCACUGAUAGACCCCUUAGUGUAGAUUUCUCAAUCUAAUUCUACAAUUAGGAUCGUCUUAAGUGGUAGUAAGGAAAAUUACUUAUUUCUGAUGUAAUUAAAUUAAAGUCAUGUUACUUAGACAGUACUAGUCAUAGUGCAAAAGUAUCCACAAUAUAAUGAAACACUGCAUUUGAACUUAUGAUGAAAUCUAGGCAUUUAGAUUCAGAAAAUCUAAGACCUAUUUAGAAUUUUUCAAUGUUUGUAUUGUUAUUUUUUUUAAUUUAUUAUGAAUUAGUUUCUGUUAUAACAUUAAUUUUUACGUACAAUUAUUGUUCUUGAGUAACUCCUGACGAGUGCCAUAGUAAACAAACUUUUUGAAUUAGUAAUAGCGCCAUCUAGUUGACACAUGAAAAACUUUAGCCGUAUUGCCAGUUAUAACUUCGAAUUUUUGUAACUUGCAACAUCAAGUAGUUGUAAUUUUUUUUAAGCAAACGUAAGUACAAAACAUUUUGUGCAAUAAGACUCCCGACGAAUGAAAUGUUGCUCAUUUUUGAUAAUUAUAUAGUUAGUUGUAAAAUAUUAUUGUUUAUAAUUUGUUUUUAUAAAAAAUUUAAAUGGUGCCGACAGAUAAUCUCGCCUACAUUAAUAUUAAGAGCACAUUAGUAAUAAAUCUGUUACGUAAGUCCUCUCCAUGUACAUAUCCAAUUUUUGUAUGUAUGUAUAACGUGUAGUCAUACAACUCUAUGUGCCAAAGUACUUAAUACUCUUUAUUGUGAUUAUGUUGUUUGUUUAUGUUUUAAACAUAAUCUUGUAUUUAAGUAUAACAGGGUAUAAUAU